UCAUCGCAACGAAAUUACGAGUAACAUAUCAAAUAGCUUAUCUUUCUUUUCUUAAGAUCCCAAAUUUUCAUUUCGAUAAUCUUCUUCUUCCCUAAUCCAUUUCAAUUCUUCCGUUUUUUCAACCCUAAUUCCACUUUCCUAUUGUUGGAUUUGAUCUUGUUUCUACUCCAAUGGCUACUGAGGAACCGGUGGUGCCGGUGGAGUCUGCGGCAGAGCCGACUAACGCUGAACAAGCGGAGGAAAAUCCGCCGAACAAAGCUGCCAAGUCUAAGAAGUCGAAAGAACCUAAAGAGAAGAAACCUGCUGCUCCUAGGAAACCUAGGAAUCCUCCAACUCAUCCUCCAUAUGAAGAGAUGAUUAAGGAUGCAAUUGUUACGUUGAAGGAAAGGACUGGUUCGAGUCAGUACGCGAUCACUAAGUUUAUUGAAGAGAAGCAAAAGCAACUUCCAUCUAACUUUAAGAAGCUUUUGUUAUUCCAUUUGAAGAAACUUGUGGCUUCCGGGAAGUUGGUGAAGGUUAAGAGUUCGUUCAAGCUUAAACCGGCGAAGUCGGCAGUUGUGAAGCCUGCUUCUCCUGCGAAGAAGAAGCCUGUAGCUGCUAAGCCGAAGUCUAAAGCUGUAGCUAAGCCCAAAGCUGUGGCAAAAUCUCCUGCGAAGCCGAAAGCUGCUGCAAAGCCGAAGCCUAAGACGACUGCCAAACCCAAAGCUGCUCCUAAACCCAAAGCUGCUCCACCCAAGUCAAAGAGCAGUGCUGUGGCGAAGCCCAAAGCUGCGGCGAAGACUAAAGCCGCUCCCAAGCCGAAAGCCAAGGAAAAGCCUGCGAAGGCUGCUAGAACUUCGACAAGAACCUCACCAGGAAGGAAGGCACCAGCUCCAAAACCGGUAGUGAAAAAGGCACCGGCGGCGAAGAAGGCUCCAUCAAAAAGCGUUAAAGCAAAGAAAGUGAAAUCGCUGGCGAAAAAGGCUCCUUCUAAAAGAGGAAGCAAAGGGAGGUAGAUUCUGGCGGCGGUUCUGUCAAUCCGUAAUCCUUCUGGGUGUAUAGACCCUUACAUGCCGUGCUAUAGAGGAGCUUACCUUUUCGAAUUUUUUUCUUUUAUUUGUUAAUUUGUAGAACUUUUUUUUUCUCCCCAAGUUGAUGUAUCACUCAGCUUAGUUAUUAAUGGAAAUUCAGUAAUCAAUUAGGAUUGUUGAUUUCAGUUCUCAA